UAACGUGAACAUGAACUUUUUAUGAUUUCCCAAGUGGCUAUAAUGCUGCAGCGCUGCUCUCCGGCCCGAACAGCCGCCCUCUCCUCCCCUGCUUCGGCCGAACCUUGUAAGCAACCGAGCGAACCUCAUCCAGCGGACAAAUAUAUCUAAGCGCUCAUAUCGAACCGAACUGCUUAUUCACAACAGUGAUCGUGACUGCAGAGCAGAGAGGAUCAGAGACUGACAACAAUCCGCCUUCCUCCUCCUUCUCUUCUUCCUCCAUGGCUCCGCUCUCCGGCGUCUCUGGACUGACGGUCUGAAGAGAGGACAGCAGAGUCCAUCCCUGGAGACGCCAACCGGAGGCUGAAUCGGUUUUUUUGUUUUUUUAUUAUUUGUUUGUUUCUUUGAAUUUGACAUUACUCCUGAUGAUUAGCAGUAGAAUCGGGGCGAUGAUAGCAGAUGACAGGAGUGUUUUCAUGUCUCGACGUCCCCUCGGUGACAUCAGAGGAUCUGCGAUCCCACCUCUCCUUCGCCCUCACCUCCGCUUCCUCACAGACCGGGUAAGAUGCUGUCUCCUGUCCCUCCAGCCAGCCGCCUCGAAGGGUUGCAGGGCGCUACCCGAAUGGCCCCGACUAUCAGCUGCUAAAUUAUGGAGCCAGCAACGGCGCAAUGAACAGCGGGACGUACAGGGACUCCUCCUCUGCCACAAUGCACCAUGCGACUGGCUCUUAUGGCUACAGCUACAAUGGCAUGGAUCUGACCGUAACCAGCCGAGGAGGGGGGGGCAGCAGAGCCGCAAACACCGGAGGACACUUCGGUGGAGGCUCGGCGGUCGAGGAUUCCAGAGGCUUCUGCUUCAGACAGCCGAUAUGACGGGCCCGGACGGGAAACGGGCGCGGACAGCGUACACCCGCUAUCAGACUCUGGAACUGGAGAAGGAAUUCCACUUCAACCGGUACCUCACGCGGCGGCGGCGCAUCGAGAUUGCUCACGCGCUUUGCCUCACGGAGCGACAGAUCAAGAUCUGGUUUCAGAACCGGAGGAUGAAGUGGAAGAAGGAUAACAAGCUGAAAAGCAUGACUUUGGCCACGGCUGGCAGCGCCUUCCAACCGUAGGAGUAAAAUCCCUUUCAAAGAAGCUGGUCGGUCAGCUUGAUGACUUGUUAUCUAAGACUGGAGGGAGGGAGGCAAACAGGAUAAAAAGCGCAAAGAAAUAAUAAAAACCAAAAAGAACGUCAACAUAGAAACUAAAAUGGAAGGCCUGCGGGACUGGAGUAAAACCAGGGCAAUGAAGAAAAUAGUCUAGGAUAAAGAGAGACGUCAACUUUUGAUUUAUAAAACAAUGUAUGUUCUCAGAUUAGAAGCUGUAUGCAGUACAGCAGCGCACUUUUCAUUCGAUUCUAUAGCGGUGAUUCAGGGCUACAGAGGAAUAAUGACUGGUACUCUUAUGAACUGACAGCCAACACACAAACACUACUACACACACACACACACACACACACACACACACACACACACAC